CGCCGUCCGCCGCGGCUCGGCCCGCCGCGGCCAUGGCCCAGCGGGCGCCCAGGGGGCAGGGGCAGGACGAGGAGGAGGGAGCGGAGGAGGAGGAGGCGGCGAGGGGCAGCCAGGCGCGGGCCAGAAGCCAUGCGGAGCCCGCGGCGAGCGGCGGCAGGACGCAGGACCGGCAUGAGAGGAAGCGGAAGAGGCAGGAGGCGCAGCAGCUCCAGAAGAUCCAGCACCUGGAGUCUUUCUAUGAGAAACCACCCCCUGGGCUAAUUAAGGAGAAUGAAACAAAACCAGAAGACUGUAUACCUGAUGUACCAGGCAAUGAAAGUGCACGAGAAUUCCUGGCACAUGCCCCGACAAAAGGGCUUUGGAUGCCUUUGGGAAAAGAAGUCAAAGUUAUGCAGUGUUGGAGAUGUAAACGUUAUGGACACAGAACAGGAGAUAAGGAAUGCCCAUUCUUUAUUAAAGGCAAUCAGAAAUUGGAACAAUUUAGAGUAGCACACGAAGAUCCAAUGUAUGAUAUAAUAAGGGAAAAUAAGCGUCAUGAAAAAGAAAAGAGGAUACAGCAACUGAAGCAGCUCCUGGAGGACUCUACCUCAGAAUCUGAUAGCAGUGAUGACAGUGAUGAGGAUGAUGAAGAUGGCAGCAGCUCUACUUCCUCAGAACAUAAACACAAGAAGAAAAAGAGAAAAAAGGAAAAGAAAAAGAAAGAAAAAAAGAAGAAGAAAAAGAGGAAGCGUAAAUCAUCCAAAUCUAAUGAAAAGUCAGAAUCUGACUGACAGCAGUCACCUGCUGCAUGCUCAUUGACCUCUCUACUUGUGAACUGCAAGGAAAGAUCCAAAGAAUGAGGAGGAAAACACCAGAAAGGGCUUUAUUAAACUUGGAACAUACAUGUGUAUGCAUACAGCAUCCUACACUGGCAUCCUCUUCUGCCCCUCUGCAGUCAAAAAGAAGAAAGCUGCAUUAAACCAUACCUGUGUGCUGUAAAACCCACGCUGUGGGUCAUCAGUCUUGGGCAAAUGGGGCCUCUGCCUUGCUGCCCAUGACCAGCAGCAGAAAGCAGCGACCACCAAGGGAUCACUGACAAAUCUGCAGCACUAGCAGACUGUCUGUUGAAGUGUCUUUACUCCAUGAAGUUAUUUUAUUAUAUACAAAGCCUGAUUGUAACAGGACUGCAGUUUGCACCAUGCAGAGCACUGAGAGUUCACGUACAGUGCUUAUAGUGAGCAGGUUGUACUGUAUUUUUUUUCUCCACAUACAUGCUGAAGUUCUGUGUACUUAUUCUAAUAUUGGCAGCUAGGGAAAUAAAGAGUACUGCUGCAGGGGAAAAAAGGUAAUCAAGGGGAUUUACUUUAAGACAAAAAUGCAGCAUCAGCAAGACUCGAUUUUUUUGUGUGUGUGUAACAAAAUCUCAACAUCACCACCAUUAAUACACAGUUCUGAAACAUUUAAAGUGAAACAUCUACAGUGUUUAAACCACAGAAGUGGGAGCCAAGUGUAAUGAUGUUAGAUACUCAACUUAAAUGUAAAGAGGUAGUGGGUUUAGUUAUUUUAAAAGAGGGGUUUCAUGUAAGAAAUUAAAAAUAUUAAUUUCUGCA